ACGGCGUAUCUGCUUAGUUUCCACCAUUAUCUCUCUUAGGCAUAUUUCGUAUCCUAGAACACUCUAAUAAUGGAGAAAGCAUAUGAAGUUCUCCGUGAUACUUUCGGCUUCGACUCCUUUCGUCUGUCCCAGGAGGAAGUGAUUCGUCGGUUGCUCGUCGAAAACGAGAAUGCGCUUGUGCUCUAUCCGACUGGUGGCGGAAAGAGCUUAACAUAUCAAGUACCAGCAUUAUGUCUAGAGGUGCAGGCCGGCAUUACUCUCGUCAUUUCGCCUCUCAUUGCACUCAUGAAAGAUCAGGUCGACUCUCUUGUUCGUCGUGGUGUUAAGGCUGCCAACCUGGAUAGCACUCAACCCAUGGACCGGAUCUCAUGGAUUCGAGGAGAGGUUCUUUCAGGAAGUAUGAAGAUUCUUUAUGUGGCACCAGAACGCUUGAACAAUGAGAACUUCGUGAAUAUGAUGCGUCGAGUCAAGAUCGCCUUACUUGCAGUUGACGAAUCGCACUGUAUAUCUCAAUGGGGUUCUAGCUUUCGACCCGAAUACCUCAAGAUUGCUCGGUUCGCCGAGGAAAUGGAUGUUGAACGGGUACUUUGUCUCACUGCCACAGCGACCAAGAUGGUUUCCGAAGACAUUUGCAAGAAUUUCUACAUCAGCCCGACGGAGGGCGUCUUUCGCACUCCAAUGUAUCGUCCAAACUUGGCGUUCCAGGUUGAAGUAGUAAACAACCUCGAAGAGAAGUUAGACAAACUCAUCCCUCUCCUUCAAUCGCGCACCGGUCCCGCCAUUGUCUAUGUUACGCUGCAGAAACACGCCGAGGAUGUUGCCAAUCACUUGCGACCUCAUGGCCUAGAGCCGAUGGUGUACCAUGCUGGCUUACCCAGUGAGGAACGUGAGAGGAUCCAGAUGCAGUUCAUGGAAUCAGAGAAUGGCAUUGUAUGCGCAACUAUCGCGUUUGGCAUGGGCAUUGACAAAGCAAACAUUCGACAGGUUGUUCAUCUCUACAUGCCUAAAACGCUUGAGAACUACAGUCAAGAAGUCGGCAGGGCUGGGCGAGAUGGACUGCCAUCGCAGUGUGUCAUGUUCUUAUGUGCUGCAGAUAUUCCUAUCCUCGAGGGCUUCGCUCGUGGCGACACCUGCUCCAAAAAAGACAUCCAGCUUUGGAUCCAAGAGGUUGCGAUGAAGCAGUCAGCGGCAGAUGGGACGAUUGAUUUCAAUCUUUAUGAGCAAGCGAAACAGUAUGACAUUCGGCAAAACGUAUUGAAUCUCUGCUAUGCUCAACUCGAACUGGACUAUAAUCACCUCAGAGCGGUUACUCCUUUUUAUUCCGUUUUCGAAAUCAAUUCUAGGACGUCGGAUGGUUGGCAGAAGGUCAUGAGUGAUAAUUCACCAGCUGCAAAAGUCGUCAAACAAUAUUGGACAUCGAAGACAUCUGCACAUGUGAUUGACGUGGUGCAAGCGGCGAAAUAUUCUAAGACCGAUAGGAAUGAUUUGGCAAAGAAAAUCAGCGAUUGGGAACUAGAUGGUCAUAUAACAUGCAAAGCUUCCCAAGUUAGAUAUCGUUUCGCUCUUCAGUCUUCCAAUCCUCUGCCAAAAACCGUUGCCGAAAUUACUCAGCUAGCUGACUUGAUCCAUGAGCGUAUGCAAGGAAGAGAGAACGAGGCAAUUGAGAAGAUUAGAAAAGUUAUCGAGUUUGCUAUCGACGAUGACUGUCUACCUCAAAGCCUUUGUGAAUACUUUGACGACAGCGAAGGUGUCCCUGGAGGAAUGUGUGGCAAAUGCACAUUCUGCGAAACCGGUUCUGGUGUCGAAUUCAACCCUACUGCGCAAUCCACGCCUGACCCCAAGCAGAUCAAGGCCAUCCUCAAUGCUUGCCAUGUGCGCGAUGAUCCUCGUCUUUUGGCUCGGAUGGCUUUCGGGAUCACUUCUCCAAGACUGACAGCCGGCAAAUGGUCGACUUAUCAUCCCCUCUUUGGAAGCAUGGUUGCCUACGACUUCAAUGCUCUAGUCGCUGCUUUCGAUGCGGAAUGCAAAAAGGUUGGGUAUGAGAAUCUCGAGGCCCCUGCGCCCACGUAUAGCACCAGUAGGAAACGAACGUCCACGCAGGCUAAUAGCGGUUCAAGUGGUUCGAAGUCGAAUUAUACUAGUCGUGGUAGCGGAUCUUCGAGUUAUAGUAGAGGUCGUGGUCGCGGUGGUUACGCUAAACGUGCUCGAAGAUAGUCAUAUUGUACAGGGAAACACAUUGUAUUUUAGAUGAAUGUACACGUACGCGCGAUGUUUCUUAUAAUCCCAAGUACUUGGUGGUGAUUGUGAUUUGUG